AUGGCUUCAUCUAGUGGGACAUCAUCAGGUUCAUCUGGGCUUCAGAGCUCAGGUUCUGAAGAUCUUCAGAAAUUGAUGGAUCAGAGAAAGAGAAAGAGAAUGAUUUCGAACCGGGAAUCUGCACGACGAUCCCGGCUGCGAAAACAGAAGCAACUGGAUGAUCUAAUGGCACAAGAGGCUAAAUUUAGGAAGGAAAAUAAUCAGUUUAUCUCAAGAAUAAAUGUCAUCACUCAGCAUUAUCUCAACAUUGAGGCUGAUAAUUCAAUUCUCAGAGCUCAAGUGGCUGAACUAAACCACAGACUGCAAUCUCUCAAUGAAAUCACAAGUUUCUUGAAUGCUAACAAUGGUGGUUUUGGCAUUGAGGAGAAUCAUUCAAUUGCAGAUUCUGCUUAUAAUAACUUUACGAACCAAUCAUGCAAUUUUCACUUUGUUAAUCAGCAGCCUAUCGUGGGUAUGCCAGAUUUCUUGCAGUAUUGA